UGGGACUUUUGGGGUUUCAGUUUGUGACAGACGGAUGCAGUGGUAGGCCGGUAGCUACAACUACAACGUGGUUACAGAAGAAGAAGAAGAAGAAGAAAAUGGCGGGGUUGAAGGGUUUUUUGAAGAAAGGUUUAGGAGAAAUGGAAUUCAACGCCGGCGGAGGAGUCAUUAAUUGGUUCCCCGGACACAUGGCAGCCGCCACGCGUGCCAUCCGUAGCCGCCUUAAACUUUCCGACCUCGUCAUCGAAGUCAGAGACGCUCGUAUUCCUUUGUCCUCCGUUAACUCCGAUCUUCAACCUCAUCUUUCCUCUAAACGACGUGUCAUUGCACUCAACAAAAAAGACUUAGCCAACCCCAACAUCAUGCAUAAAUGGGUGAAUUACUUUGAGACCUCUAAGCAAGAUUGCAUUCCUAUAAACGCUCAUAGUAAGAGUUCUGUUACGAAGCUUCUCGAACUUGUCGAGUUUAAAUUGAAGGAAGUCAUUUCUAAGGAACCUACUUUACUUGUUAUGGUCGUUGGUGUUCCUAAUGUUGGAAAAUCUGCUUUGAUUAAUUCCAUUCAUCAAAUUGCACGAUCUCGAUUUACCGUGCAGGAGAAGAUGAAGAGAGCUACUGUGGGUCCACUACCCGGUGUUACUCAAGAUAUUGCAGGAUUUAAGAUAGCAAACAAACCAAGCAUAUAUGUCCUAGAUACCCCAGGGGUUUUGGUUCCAAGUAUCGCAGACAUAGAAACAGGGUUAAAGCUUGCUCUUGCAGGGUCUGUUAAAGAUUCGGUGGUGGGUGAGGAGCGUAUUGCUCAAUACUUAUUAGCAGUUUUAGAUACCCGGGGUACUCCACUUCACUGGAAGCACCUAAAUAACCGGAGAAUAGAUGGGAUUGCAUACGAAGCUGAGGAAUAUCAUCGAUAUGACCUGAAAAAUCUUAAGCAAAGAAGAAGUCUGCCUAAUAGAUCUGACUUGGUAUAUGUGGAGGAUAUCGUAGUAGAAGUUCAGCAUGCACUCUAUUCGACUCUAGCAGAAUUCAAUGGCAACGUACAAGAUGAGAGCGACUUGGAGAACCUUAUUGACCAGCAGUUUGGGGCAUUGCAGAAGGCAUUGAAAAUACCAAACAAGGCUUCUGAAGCACGUUUGAUGGUAUCCAAAAAGUUCCUUACUCUAUUUAGGGCUGGUAAAUUAGGACCUUUUAUCCUUGAUGAUGUCCCCGAAGCCAAGCCUGUAUAAAAGAUAUAUUGGCUCCUCAUUUCUUAUUUGUAUAUGUUAUAACAAAUUUUGCUAUAACUUGCAAAUAGUGAUGGAUUUAGCUAUAGAUUGAGCUUUCUGUGGAGGA